AUGUGGCUGCACUUGGUUCUCGGUCUCUUUUUCUCUUGGGUCUUUGCUGAGACAAAUUACACCAACCCCAUCAUUUGGCAGGAUCUCCCAGAUAUUGACCUCAUUCGGAUUGGCGAUGCUUAUUACUACUCGGCCUCGACCUUUCAGUACUCCCCCGGCGCCGUCAUCCUUCGGUCAUACGAUCUGGUGAAUUGGGAAUAUCUCUCUCACUCGGUUCCAAACCUCGACUUCCAAACUACUGAGGCCUUCAAUCUGGAAUCUGGCUCACGUUACAACCAAGGCAUCUUUGCAUCGUUCUUCAACUAUCGAAAUAGCACAGACACUUUCUACUGGGGUGGCUGUAUUGUGGGCGACGGCAACACCUAUGUCUACACAGCUCCGACAGUUGAAGGACCUUGGACCCAGAGUUCUACCAUCAACCAGUGUCUCUACGAUGCUGGUAUGCUGAUCGAUGAUGAUGACAAGAUGUAUGUGGCUCAUGGCCAUACGAAUAUUUCUGUGGCCCAACUGAGUGACGAUGGUCUCCAAGUCGUCCGGGAUGAAGUUGUCUUCGAAUCAACCGAGGAACUGGGAUACAUCGAAGGAGCUCGAUUCUACAAGCGGAACGGAGCUUGGUACCUAUGGAUCGUCAAGCCCGUCCCAAGCCAGAUCGUCCUCAAGUCAACAGUUGGACCAUUUGGGCCUUAUGAGUGGAGAUGGGUUCUCCAAAGCAACGGAAAUCCCGUUCCUGGCGCCGGCAACCCCCAUCAAGGCGCCAUUGUGAGCACGCCUGACGAUGCUUGGCACUACAUUGCCCAUCUCGAGGCAUAUCCCGGUGGGCGUAUUCCAGUUCUUGCUCCCAUCUACUGGGACGAGGAGGGCUGGCCCCAUGUCGAGUUCGUUGACAAUCAAUGGGCGACCACCUAUCCGCUUCCUCUGCCUGAGCGUCCAGUCAAGCCCAUCACUGGCACCGACAACUUUGAGACCUUUGGACCCCAGUACGAAUGGAACCACAACCCAGACAACACGGCAUGGGACCUCAACAACGGGCUCGAGCUUCGCACCGCUACCGUCACAGAUGACUUCUUCCGCGCUCGGAACACUCUUACACAUCGUAUUUUGGGACCCGUCUCGACAGCCACCAUUGAACUUGACUACUCCAAAAUGGCCGACGGCGAUAGGGCGGGCCUCGUCCUCUUCCGCUACGCAGCCGCGUGGAUUGGGGUUGUCAAAGAUGGUGACAAGACCAAGGUUGCGAUGGUCAACAAUAUCAUGAUGAUUCCAGAUGAUGGGUGGCAUACAAUCAACAAAGGGGAGGAGAUUGAGAGUGCUGAGAUCAGCGGCGGAUCGGUGUGGCUUCGACUCGAAGUUGGUGUCAACUCGCUCUACAACGAAGAAGGUCGGUUCUCGUACAGCACCGAUGGAGUCAACUUUCAGUCCUUGGGCGAACCUCAUAAGCAAGUGAACAAUGGUAUUCUUCACUUCCUGGGAUAUCGGUAUGGAGUUUUUAACUACGCCACACUCGCUCGGGGUGGAGCCGUUACGGUCAAGUCCUUCGGCAUUCAUGAGUAA